AUGGGAGAAACGCAGAAAGCUGUUCCCACACGACAUGAUUAUAAAAAUUCUGAUUGGAAUUUUUACUACAGUCAAAUAAAACUGCAGUUACAAUCAGCGCCAAAUCUUCGUACAGAGGAUGGCAUUGACACUUAUAUAGCCUCUUUAUGUAACACGUUAUUAGAUGCAGCAAACAUCGCAAUACCUAAAUUCGUUCCUUUUCCACCUUCUCUUCGCGUAGCACCACGCCACGUUCUACAACUUAUUUCGCUGAGAAAUACGCGGAAAAGAAAAAUGGUACCGCACGAAGGAUCAAAAGAAAAGAAUGGUAAUUGGGAGCCUAAUAUCAUUAAACUCCAUCAGGAUGACAGGCUAUUAAACCCCAAAGAACAAGCUGUAAUGCUAGUACAAUACUACAAUGAAGAAAUCAAAAAGAGAACUUGAUUUCGCCUCCAAUUUUAGAGAAGGAAAACAAUUACAUGUUUGUUACUUAAACAAUUAAAAAUGACUCUCCGCAGGACUAAAAGAAACCGUGCACCAGAUGUUGAUGGAACUCAAAGUAUAUUACUCAAACAGUUACCCAGGAUAGGUAUAAUGUUCCUGGUGAACCUUUACAACUCUUCGCUACUUUCCCGAUUCCUGGAAACUUCUGUUUUAUUCCCACUGCUAAAACCAGUGAAAAAUGGUAAUAAACCAGCUCAAUAUCGAUCGGUAAGUU